UAUAUGUCACAUUCUUACAAAACAAUCCUCACUCACUCCCGAAUUCUCAUCUUUUCUUUCUUUCUUUCUUUCAUAUGAAACCCACCAUGAAUUCCCAAACCCAAACCUUCAACUACCUCCUUCCGUUAGACUUCGACAAUGUCUCUACACUGCCUGACUCUCAUGCAUGGUCGACAAAAACUUUACCUUCAGACGACCCUUGUCACCACCCGGUCGAUGACGGUGAACCAUUGCCGCCUGUCAUCGAUAUCGGCGAGCCGGGUGCAAAUGACCUCAUAAGACAUGCUUGUGAGAAAUGGGGAGCGUUUCAAGUCAUCAACCAUGGCGUUCCAUUGAGUUUGUUUCUUGAAAGUGAGUUCCAAGCUCGGAGGCUGUUCUCGCUGCCCAUGGAACGGAAGCAGCUUGUUGCACGGCCACCGUCAGGAGCCACCGGAUAUGGCUUGACCCGUAUCUCCCCCUUCUUUCCAAAAUUGAUGUGGUCUGAGGGCUUCGGCAUGAUGGGGUCGCCAGAGGAACAUGCUCGCCAACUCUGGCCUCAAGAUCAUGCCAAAUUCUGCGAGGUGAUGGAACAAUGGCAGGCGGAGAUGAAAACACUGUGCGAGAAAAUAGUGGGAAUAAUGCUUGGCUCAUUGGGUUUAACCAAUGAAGAAGAUAUGAAAUGGUUCGAGCCCAAAAGUGGGUGUGAUCGAACCCCAUGUGUGCUUCAACUGAACUCCUACCCGGUUUGCCCGGACCCUGACCGAGCCAUGGGGUUAGCCCCUCAUACGGACUCGUCCCUCAUCACUUUGCUAAACCAGAGCAACAUCAACGGCCUCCAAGUCUAUAAAGAUGGUGCAGGGUGGGUCUCUGUUAAGCCGGUGGAGGGGGCCUUGGUGGUUAAUGUUGGUGAUUUGAUGCACAUUGUCUCUAAUGGGAAGUUCAAGUCUGUGCUGCAUCGUGCGGUAGUGAAUAAGACGUGCCACCGUGUGUCAACUGCGUUCUUUUAUGGACCACCAUGGGAUGCCAAGGUUUCACCGUUGAAAAAGUUGGUCGAUUCUGAUCAUCCGCCACUGUAUCGGCCUGUGAAGUGGAAGGAGUAUCUUCAAAUCAAGAAGACUGAUUUUAGCUCGGCACUUGAGUCUAUUCGUCUUUAAAAUUAAAAGUAAGAAAAAA